AUGUCUUCGUACUACGAGCCUCAAGGCUGGCAGGCACCCACUGCGCGCCAGGCCUCUUGGGAACAGCCGGCGCCUCCUUCCCGGUCAGGAUCGAGCUCGGUCUCCCAGCGCGAGGAUAUCCCGGCAUUCUCCUCUCAAUUUGACGAGGUUGACCGUGCGAUCGACAAUCUCGUCAAGAGCGGAAAGUUGUGGAAUGCUCCUCGGCGGGAUUCGAUGCCCAUGAUGAUGGGCCGGCCCUACCCCGACUACGACCCUCGCAUGGGUGGUGGCCCUCAGCGACACCAUUCGAUCAGCGAGUUCGAUGGCAACCGGAUGCCCCCGUCUGGCAAUGCCCAGGGUUUCUAUGCCUCCCAACGGUACCAGGGUCGUCCCAACGAGGUGGAACAGAUGAUGCAGGCGAAGCGUCGGAUGGCGGCACAGCGUGAGAGGGAGCUCCGCAACUAUCACCAGGAGCAACAGUACAACCGAAGCCUCCUCGCCGAGAUGUCUGCAUCCAAGUCCGAUCGCUCCACCAGCCCAGCUGCCGUUAGCGAAGACAGCCGCCGUGAACUCCUCGCCCGCCAGCACCGCGCCUUGUACGGCAACGAAAGCCCAGCCUUCUUCCCUCCCGGUGCCUUCUCCGACGAUAAUUCGCGCCCCGAUAGCCAAGCCGGCGGCGGUACUCCCUCGUCUGUCGGUGUCCGUGGAUCCUCCCCAAGAGCCAUGGACCCAUUCGGCCUGACACAGACCGGUGCCGCGACUGCCGAUGCUACUACGGGCUUGCAAUCUCCCUCGCGCGCCAACAGCACCUCCUCGCCUAGCUCGGCCAUCAACGCCGGCUUCGCCGAGCAGCCCGUAACUUCGGCCUCGUCGCCCGGAGCCGACUCGCCCUCCCGCCAGGCCUCGUCCAAGCCUGGUGCUGGUCCUAUCGGCUCCGUUGGUCCUAUCGGCUCUCGCCCGGCCCCCGGACAGACCUCCACUCCUCCCACCAACCCUGCGUUGAACAAGCGGUCCAUCACUCCUCUCCCAUCGCCACUCGGGCUCGGAUUUACCCCCGCUGAAUCCGCCGCUGGGGCCGCUUCCGAGCGCACCUCCUCGGCUGGACCCACCCCUGCUGUGACUUCUACGGCUGGUGGGCCUGGUGCCAAGGAACCGGCUGGUGGCGUUGGCCUCGGAUGGAGCAACGGCAGUGGUGUCUGGAGCUCCAAGAGUGGACUCGGCGUGCAGGCCUCUGUCUGGGGCUAA